AUGGGAUCUGCCGUGUGUGGACACUCUAAAGUGAACGUAGUCCUUGACACCAAGUCGGACAAGCUGACUGGAGAAGAAAAAGUCAAGACAGAUGAAAUGGAGGUUGAGAAUUCAAUGCCUAAAGAAAACAGGGUUGAUAAAACUGAGGGAUGGAAAGAAAAUAAAGGGAAAGAGUGUAUUGUCAUGAGCUUAUUGGGAAAUUUCGCCGACGUGUCGGAGCGCCUACGAAUGGCCCUUGCGACUUACCCAAGGUUUCUGGAAACGGUCAAACAAGCCCUGGAGGAUUUUGCUCCCAGACAAAAGCUUGAUCAAGAAUCACCACUAUCUGAGAUAGAAGCGAAAUUGUUGGAUUCCUGUUUGAUGGUACUACACAAUACAUCGAUGACAGAUGGCACUGGUGCACGCCUCCGAAGCCUUGAUUUUACGACAACCACACAGUUAUACCUCACUUCGCCGAAAGAAGACAGACAGCUGACCGCAUUAGCGACACUUGCAGGCAUAAUAAACGAGGCAGAGUGUAACGUAAUCAAAGCGGCACAAUCUCCGGUGAAGCAACUUCUCAAAAUAAUUCAGAAGGGAAUCAAACAGGCACAGCGACGUUACAAAGGCUGGUCUUGUCAAGAAUGUGCAUUCACUGUGCGAAAACUUGCCCAGAACGAUGCAAACAUUCACCUACUGGUUGAACUUGGGGCGUUGAAACUGCUCGUAGAAAUGGGCAGAACUGGCAGCGAGGCUGAACUGUAUGAGAGCGUACAAGGAAUCUGGGCCCUCUGUUUUGACAAACUGGUCCAGCAGAAAGUAGUCGCCCAGGCAUACGAAGGGGGUGUGGUCAGCUUCCUGUGGGACUUCAAACAGUCGGCAAGUCUGAAAGUGACGCAGGCGUGUAAUGGAGCUCUUUGGACACUCAAGGACAUGCUGAGAACUUCAAAAGUUCAGAAAUACAAGGAAAUAGGUGAACAACUUGAGUCCUCCACAGAAAAGAAGAAAGAAAGCGAACCGGAUAAAGCCGUUAACAGGGAAAAUAUUACAGGAAGCUCAAGUGAGUCACAAGGUCACGUGAUGAUCUCCUACCAAUGGGCGGAUCAGCAAAAACUUAAAGAAAUCAGGGACAGGAUCAAACGGCAUGGGUAUAAGGUGUGGAUGGACAUAGAUGAGAUGGGUGGCUCCACUAUACAGGCGAUGGCAGAGGCAGUGGAGAAUGCUGAUCUUGUAUUGAUGUGUAUGUCUACAAAAUACAAGCAUAGUACAGUCUGCCGGGCAGAGGCUGAGUACGCAUUCCAGAAGGGAAAAAGGAUCAUUCCAUUAAAAAUGGAACAGGGUUACGUACCAGACGGCUGGCUGGGGUUCAUCUGUGGGGCUAAACUCUUCUAUGAAUUUAGCGAGAAAUACCCUUUUGAGGUCAAGAUGGGUGAACUUAUGAAAGAGAUGAACAAAGUGCUGAAAGCAUCUCAUUCCAGGGACCAUCAAGCCUCUGGGCACAUAGAUCACACACUUUCGCCGGUCAUAUCUAUUGUUGUGCCUGUGGUUCACGCAGAGCCUCCAAGAGGAAACGAUACGCCUGAUGGAGUUUCCAUGACAACAGUUGCUAAGGUGCCAGUUACCCUGGCAACCAUUCAGGCUGUUAGAAAAUGGAGUCCUGAUGAAGUAAAUCAAUGGAGGAAAAAAAAUAACAUAGCAAGUUCAGUACCAAAGCUCAAAUCCGGGGAAGAAGUUGCAUUUUUGCUGACCAUGAGGGCUGAGUCACCGGACUUCUUCUACCGCUGUGUACAGGACAUGCUGAAUGGGAAGGACAUUUCAUCCAUGGCUCGCCUGUUUACGGCGCUCCAUGACAUAACACAUACAUGAACAGAGACUGCCACUCGGAACACCACGGCCUUUAUCCAAUAAGUUUGACCUCGGAAAAAACAUGGGUCCAUAGAAAUAAUCCAACAUGGCGGCCAUAUUGAAAACGUUUUGUAUGUGUUUGUUUUGAACCGAAAAGGUACAUAUUUAAUGUUUAAAAGAAGAGAAAAUGUGACAUUAUAUCGGUUAUGAAAUAUAAUAUGAAUCUGUUUUCUAUGCUUUUCCAAAUUCAAUAAGAAACGAAUCAAAAUAAUUGAUUUCAAAAUAUUGUUUACUUUAUUGAAUGGGUCUUCUUAUCGAAAUGAAAAUUGAGUAAAUAACCGGCGGCCGAAUUAUAUUUUCGUAUAUCUUGAAUCCCAUUUACGAGUUCGAUCCCGUAAGUUUGCCGGAGAUGGCCGAGUUGUUACGAUUGAUAAAAAACUGCAAAGAAACAUUUCCACCAUGGGCCGCCUGGUGUGAACGCUGCAUGACAUCACACAGACACUGAAACACGGACUCCAUACAAUUAUUCUUAUAUUUCUGCGUUAUAUUCUUUCAAAUUCACACGUGUAUAUAAUUGUAAUCACUUUUAAAAUAUACUUUCAGAGCUAGAUUUACUUAAAUAUGCUAAAUUUUCAAUUUGCCUUCACAUUGUUUUGAUUUUUAUUCUUGUGUUUAAUCAUAUUAUAAUUAGAUUUCGAUGGAAUGUAGUCACAACGUAAAUAGACACAUGGCUUAUUACAAACCAAAUAGUAUUUCUAGCUUUCUUAAAAUUGGCUCUUGCAUGAAACAAUUCGGCAUUAGACCGGUUGAUAUAUUUUGUCCAUUUCAACAAACCUACAAGUCUUGAAUAACAUGUAUAAAUUAAUUUAAUAAUAUUUCAGAUAUAAUUGUUAUAAUUUAUUCUAUCGAAUUAGCAUUG